AUGACUCCUCAAAACAUCGGCAUCAAAGCAAUUGAAAUCUACUUUCCCAGCAGAUAUGUUGCUCAAUCCGAUCUGGAGAAGUUCCUCGGUGCCAGCACCGGCAAGCAUACCAUUGGACUGGGACAGACGAACAUGAGCUUCUGUGACGAUCGCGAGGACGUCUACUCUCUCGCCCUGACAACCGUCUCCUCCCUCCUGCGCCAGAACACCAUCAACCCACAAACAAUCGGACGCCUAGAAGUAGGCACCGAAUCCAUGCUCGACAAAGCCAAAUCCUGCAAGUCCGUACUAAUGCAACUCUUCCCCACAAACCCCGACAUCGAAGGCGCAGACACCUACAACGCCUGCUACGGCGGGACAAGCGCCCUCUUCAACGCCGUGCACUGGAUCGAGUCAUCCGCCUGGGACGGCCGCGAGGCUAUCGUCGUCAUGUCCGACAUUGCUCUAUACGACACGCCCGCUGCACGGCCAACGGGUGGCGCUGGGUGUGUAGCUAUGCUGGUUGGGCCUGACGCGCCGCUGGUGUUGGAGCCAUUGCGGGCGUCGUUCAUGCGGCACACGUAUGAUUUCUACAAGCCGGAUUUCAAGACGGAGUACCCUGUUGUUGAUGGACAUUACUCGUCCCGAUGUUAUCUGCAGGCGCUGGAUGGGUGCUAUCAGCGGUAUCGGGCUAAACGGGCUGCUCGGGAGAGUGUGAACGUGAAUGGGGCCUUGUUGGCGACACCGUUGGAUGAAUUUGACUACUUUGUCUUCCACGCGCCGAACUGCAAGCUUGUGUCGAAGUCGUAUGCACGACUACUGUACAAUGACUUUGUGGCGGAUCCUGAGAAUCCACUCUUUGGGGAGGAUCUUGUUCCCCUUGGUAUCCGGGAACAGACUUACGAAGGAUCCCUGGAUGACAAGGAUCUUGAAAGGCUCUUCAUUAAGUUAUCUCGCGAGCGAUUCCAACAGCGUGUGCAGCCAAGUCUAACUGCCCCGACCAUGUGCGGCAACAUGUACACCGCUGGUGUGUAUUCAGGAUUGGUGAGCCUGCUCAGCAACACGCCCAGCGAGAGCCUCCUCAACCGCCGAGUGGGCAUCUUUAGCUUUGGCAGUGGAUUGGCGAGUACAAUGUUCAGCUUGCGAGUUGUUGGUGACAUUAGUGGUAUUGCGGCGCAGAUUGACUUGCACGCACGUUUGGCUAGACGGGAGAGGACCUCGCCUGAGUUCUACCAUGAGAUGUGUCGUGUCCGCGAGCGAGCAUAUCAGCAGAAGAAUUACACUCCCACUGGGAGCGUUGAAGCUCUCGCGCCGGGGACGUACUACCUCGAGCAUGUGGAUGACAAGUUUCGUCGAAGCUAUGCAGUUAGGGAAUAA